AUGGACCAGAAGCUUUGCGUUGCAAACACUGGGACAAAGUGGCAGUCAGAUGGCAUCUUUCUACAUGCGGAUGGCGACACGGACGUCGUUCUUGUAACGGCGGCACGAACGCCGAUUUGGCUCGAGAUCCCCAGAAGUACGACGAGCUGCCGCGGUGGCGCAAUGCAUUCACAUAUGCCCAAUUGCCAACCCCUGAUCAUGAUGUCGGCAAUGAGUACUAUCGAAGACCACCGGCUUCAAGAUCUGGCUAGAUUCUGCCGUUCGUUUGACACUGACGGCUUCGUGUUCUGCAACAAUUUGUGA